AGACGUAGCUAUAUUUUUCAGAAUUCGAACGCUGUCUCGAUUCACCACUCGGAUUAGAAAACAACACGGUGUCUUUUUAUCACGACGAUUUUACCGUUUGCUGACGACCUGUAUUUAGAACGACAUUUCUUUUGGUUGAAUUAGCUAGCUACGCCCACAGAAAUUUGUGCAAAAGCGACUGUUAACAAGAUUGCAAUUCAGUGACUGACAUGUAGCUAACUUCCGAAAAUGAGGAAGAAACAGGUGUCGAGUUAGCAACUUGAAGCGGUGAAAGGAGGAGUGCGCUGUUGCCUCAAGCGACCUAAACCUCAAGGUGAAGAGUUCAGAUAAGAGUUCAGUGAAGAAGAUGGAUGUUAAAAAAACGAAAAUGGAAGACUCAAAAACCGAAAUUCCCCUGAAUGACUGUAUGGUUGGCGGUUGUAGGGAGUCAACAACUACUUCUGAGAGGCUCAUCUGUGACGGUUAUAAAUGGGAUGAAAAGACACGGUGUGGCGCACCACCAGACAUGGAUGAAUUGUGGGAGGGUAAAGAGAACGGUCUGAGAUUUGAGUUGAAUUACCGCGGAACAAAUGUGUUACCAGAGAAUAUGGAGGGUGACGAAACUGAAGAGGGUGUUGUGAUUGACAAGAGUAUCUUCCUUGAUGAUGACAGUAACCAGGUUCUUCCUGUGGAAAAGUUCUUCGGAAAUAUGGAAGUUGUACAGGAUUGUCCACAGAGAUCUGCAGCCUCCUCGAACUUCAGCAGGAGGGAGCACCGGAGACAACAGUACUACGCCAAAGAGGACAGUGAAGAAGAAGAGGGCUACACAGACAUACAGCAAGAGGACAUAGGUGGUACUUAGUUUAUAGAAGUAACUAAAUCCUAUCAAUGGGAUGGAUUAAAAUCUCCUUUUACUAGCCUAAUGGCAGACAAGCCUGGGAAAGUGGAUUUGUUCAAUGGAACGAGGGUAUCAAGUUAACUUUUUGCCAGCAUGUACCCCAAAGUUUUUAAAUUUGUAUUGAUAUUUAAAAAGCUAUUUGCACUAACAAAGUAACUUCUUGCUUUUCAAUUAUCAGGACCUAUAGUUUAUAGUGUGUAUAUUGUUUAAUUGGUACAGGGUAAGCACUCGUUAUAUUUUUAUUGAAUGUCUUUUAGUAAGUUACUGGUUGCCUUGUCAGUAUGUAUGCACAGUAAUAUCUUUUUAUUUGGUGUUUUUAUAUUGCUAUGUAAUAGCACGACUGAAUGAAUGCAACAUAUACAUCUUGUAGUCUUUAGGCAGGUUUCCAUUGACCCGGGUUUAUUAGACAAAAGCAAUGUAGCGACAAAAAAUGGGAAUGUAAUGGAAACAGCAGAAAUAGGAAACACUUUCUGAAGACAUUUAUAAAUUAUAUAUAUAAUACAUUUAUAAGUCAUAUAAAUUACAACAUUUAUAUCUGUUCGACAGUUGGGAUUUUAAACUUUGUGACAAAUGAUGAUGGAAAUGGUGUUUUUCAAAUAAAUGAUUGCUGAAUACAAAUGAGAA